AGACGGGGGAGAAUAAAAUUCAUAAACGGCGACUGCUGGCAAGUGAAAUUAGAGUUUCUCUGAAGGUGCUGGUUUUCCAGACAGUCUCUGGUGUGCAGCUUAGAAAGGGGCGGGAUCCUUUUCAAGUAGCUUAGUUGUGAUUUGCUGAAUUCAUAGACUUUUCCCCUUAAAAUCCCAGCCCCCUCUUUUUUUUUUUUUGGUUUCUGAGAAGUUGACUUGUGGCCGCUUGUCUGCAAGCGCGUCAGCUGUAAUCGGGUCCCCCGUGCCUUGUGCCGACACCAUGAGUUCGGAGGCUGAUGAACCCAAGGAAGUGGCCACAGAUGUCUUCAACUCCAAAAGUCUGGCCAUUCAGGCCCAGAAGAAGAUCCUUGGAAAAAUGGUGUCCAAAUCAAUAGCAACUACUUUGAUUGAUGAUACAAGCAGUGAUGUUCUAGAUGAGCUCUACAGAGUGACAAAGGAGUAUACACAAAAUAAAAAGGAAGCAGAGAAAAUCAUCAAAAACCUCAUUAAAAUAGUUCUUAAAUUGGCAAUUCUCUACAGGAACAACCAAUUCAAUCAGGAUGAAAUAGCGUUGAUGGAGAAAUUCAAGAAGAAGGUUCAUCAGCUGGCUAAGACCGUGGUCAGUUUCCAUCAGGUGGAUUAUACCUUUGACAGGAAUUUUUUGUCCAAACUGUUAAAUGAUUGUAGAGAGCUACUGCAUGAAAUUAUUCAGCGUCACCUAACUGCAAAGUCACAUGGACGUGUCAACAACGUGUUUGAUCACUUCUCUGAUUGUGAAUUUUUGGCUGCCUUGUACAAUCCCUUUGGACCUUAUAAACUCCAUUUGCAGAAACUUUGUGAGGGUGUCAACAAAAUGCUAGAUGAGGGGAAUAUAUAAAUACUUGUAUUAAAGUUGACUGCCUAUGCAUUAUUGUAGAUGGAACGCUGUUGAUUUAUGAAGGAAUAAGGGAGCAUGCAAAAAGUUUUGGGUUUGUUGUUUGUUUGUUUUUUUUUUUUUUUACAUUAUAACAAAUAUUUCUAAAAUAUCUUUAUUAAAUUGAUUUCUUACUAUGAGCUAUCAUGUUGCUUUUCACUGUACAUCUAGAAGAAAGACUCCACAUGACUUCUUUUACUGUGCUUUGCCUACAGAAACAGCUGGAUAAAGACAAUAAAAUGGAACAGUCCAAGUACAGUAAGAGUCUUGCAAGACAAAUACACAAACCAAAACAAUGUGCUGUCAGACAAUCCAUAUUUUUCAUAGAUUUACAGAGUUAUUUCUAAACAAUCAGAGUCCUGUAAUGUUGGUAACAGAUUAUCAUGGUGAUGGUACACUCUAUAAUUUCUUUGAUUUAUUUGUAAUAUAUAUAUAUUUGAUUCCUUUAUAGCCUUCUAUGCUCUCUGCACAGAUCACAGCUUCCUAGUGUUGCCCUCGUGAAGUAUUCAGUUUUAAAUGACGUCAGUGAUGCUGUCACGUAGAGUCUUAACAGGCUUGUUCAGUGCUGAAAACUUCCUAUUUGCAAGGCUAACAAGUAUAUGUCAUUAUAGACCUGCACAGAUGUUUGCUUCCUUUGAUUAUAUGGGGAUUAUUUGAGGAAUAAGCUACAGUAAAAUAGCCUAACUGGGAAAGUAUUCCCUAGAAACCACCUGCGGUAUGUACUUUUAACUUUGUCUAUGAUAGGGUAAAACACAGUGACUUAUCUGUGCAAUUCCUGUAGAUACUUAGAAUCCUGCUAAUAGGUCACAGUUCUUUUUGGAAAGGUGCAAGGCAGUGUAUCUUAUACACUAGGCUGAUCUGGAUGGUGAUGUGAAUUCAGAAAUAUCAGAAAAGAAAUUCCAAGCCAGUUUUCUUUGUGUGCAAUGAAAACAGAAAUUGGUUUUAUAAUUGUGUUAUAUACUAUUUAACUAAUGGAAAAAUGGAAUCUCAAAUAUUUUUUUUCUUCGUUUCUCCCCUCCUGUCUUUCACCCUUCUCUUUCUCCUUCAUCUUCUUCCUGCCUUGCCCUUUGGGGAUAAAAAACGUGACUUUCUAGACACUGUAAUGUACUUAAAAGUAUGAAGUUAAUACAUUUCAAACAACUGAAGAUUUUUUGUCAGGAAGCAUAUAAAGAUUUUGCUGUUUAUUUAAUUGCCAAUGUUUUUGCUGUUUGCUGUGUCCUUUUGUUUUAAUGAGUAAACCAAAGAGUAUUUGCACUCCGAA